AUGUACUCUCAGGUAAAGGAUGGCACGUACCAGUCGGUGGUCUACGAUGAGAUGCGAUGCGAUGCGAUGCGCUGCAGUGUGGUGCGGUGCGAGCAGCAAGGAGCUCCUGGCUGCAACAGUUUCGGCGUCAACGCGCUUUAUCCCAAUAGGAACGGAGGGCGACAGCGGCGCACUGAUGAUGCUGAUGAUGUUGCCCUGUCGGUGCUUGGGUACGUUAAAGUGGUUGGGGUUGAUGAGACCUGGGACUAG